AUGAAAGCCUCGGAUCCUCCGACACUCAACCUUCGGGCCGCCGAAGACGCGAAGAAGGCCAUGGAUCUCCGGGUCGAUGGCAUGGCCCCAGCUGCGGACCAUGGCGAAGACGAACAAGAACAAGAAGACGUGGAGGCGGACAAGUGUGGGUCGCCUGACUCGCCCGCAACGGGGUCUUUGCUGCUAGAUGAUGGCCAGAGUAUCGUCAAUUCAGAUCAAGACUCGGUUGAAGCACCUCGAGACGUCGACUCAUUGUUCAGCGGUGGCGAGAUCAGUUUCGAAAUGUCUCCGUUGCGUGCCCAAAACAGUGACGAUGACGACGACGACUUCCCAGCUUUCCCUUCACCUAUCCAGAACACUGACGAUGGCAAGGAAACGCCUAGCAGGCCGGGAGAUGUCCUCGCCGGGCUUCACCUGCAGAAUGUCGCCAUUAGGAAGCUGCGCCGCUCAAGGCACCCUGGGACGGACAAGGUCAGGAAGGACGAGGACGCGAACAAGAACGAUAACGCGACAAAGGACGAGUUGCUGAACUCGAAUGACAUUCUCGCUUCGAAGGCCGACACAACCACCAUCGGCCAUGCGGCCCAAGAGCUCUUCACCAAGAUCCAACAGCAGCUCAGUCAAGACGCCUGGCUCACUGAUGAUGUGGUCGACGCCUUGAUCCGCGUUGUGGUUAACUAUUACACGAAGCCUCAGCCCUCACGCAAAGUCACCGUCAUGUACAGCCUAGCCCUCGACAUUGAAUCUCCCACCGAGCCUUCUUUCAAACUGCUGCGCCAUCUCGGUCUCGAGCCUGGCAUCCAGUCCCAUUCAAUAUACAUCCCACUACACCACAAAAAGAGGACCCCUCAUUGGACCUUGGCCAUCUUGCAAGCCGACCAGACGAAGGUCAAAAUCACACACUUGGACUCCGUUCCCGACCAGCGUGCCCACAUCAGAAUGAUGGCCACAGCUGCGGCCGGCUUGCCGCCAUGCUGGCAAGAAUACACCACACGCCGUGGCGAGCAUCCACCAAGCUCACCCGUUGGGACAGCAGCAGCCCGCAAGCGAAAAGCAGCGUUGUUCAGCGAUGCCGGCUCGGAGACAGACCACAGCGCGCCGCCGCCGCCGUCCAAGACUACGAAACUUGAAAGGGAUGCUGCGUGGUGUGCCGCCCAGCUGAUACCUGAAGCGGAACUCGAGGCCGCCCGAGCAGAUGUCCAGACCGUCGAGUCACAACUAGCAGCGCACCAACAGCAAGUCCGCGACGAUGAGAUCAGGAUGCGAGACGCUUACGUCAGUAUUGAGAAGCAAAAGGCGCUGCACGAUGCUGCGGGGUUUCUGGCUUCCAUUAUGGCGGCCGCGCACAAGGUGACGACGACAGGCAACGAGACGACUGUUCCUGGCGCUGAUGGCGACACCGCAAGUACGGUUCGUGGCGUCCAUAGGGCCGAACUCGCCGUCGUGGCCAACAAAAUCAGCGACACUGCGUCCUUGAUGCCUAUUGGCGCCGGAUUCCACCCAGUUCCUCUUGAUGAAAGUCGCAUUGCACUGACUGCCGCCGAAGCUGAAUACCGAGCUGCAGUUGUCGCCGCAAGACAGUCAAAUGCAGCUCUUCAUGGUCUCAAGGCACGCUUACAUGCAACAAAAGCGUUGGUUAAACAACAAGAAGGGUUGAAGUUGAUUCAGCGUGGGCUGGCAAUGAUUGCAGAGGGUGGCGGUAAUGUUACACAAGUAUAA